CUGCCCUCACAGGCACCAAAGCUGUUGAACCCCCUGAAGCCUCCAGUACCUGUGAAACACUGGUCCCUAAAACUACAAGUCAUCCUUCUAUCUCAAGUGAUACACUUAUAGCUACGGUUUCACAUGAAGUCCCUGUUCCCACGUCCGUUGUCCCGACCGCCCUUCCUCCCACCACCUCCACUUCCUCUACAUCAGUUGAAACCGUCGCCCCAACAUCCAGUCAUCACAUGAGCUCAGUCUCUGCACCUUCAAACAUUCAGACAGCUGUCCUUAGCUCCGACGAGGUUUCUGCUCCCUCCACUUCUUCCAGCGAUACGAACCCAACGGACACCACUUCCACCGCCACCAGUUUGCACCACGCAGAUACUACUUCCACCAGCAGUUCGGCGAUCUCUGCUGCAAUUAGCUCCUCAACAGUUUCAGAUCCUGCCUCUAAAAUGCCUCCUAAUGGCAACGAACCAGGCGCAGCUCCUCAUCUUCUGACCAGUCCGGCGUCCUCUAACGGUAGUCCAUGCCAAGACAAUGGUUUCCAGGUGUCUUCUGAAGAAGAAGCCAAGGUAGAAACAACAGAAAAGCCCACAAAGGAAGACACCGCAGAGGACGAGGAGCUCGAGAUGAUCGAGAAGAACAAGUCCACUGACCUGGAUAAGAAGAAGGAAACUGAUCAAACUGAGAAAAAAAAGGAAAGUGGCAAACCAGCACUCGACAACGACGACUUACCAAGAAAAGAAUCGCUUGAAGAAAGUGUAAAAACUGAAGAAGACACACCGUCUGACGUUGGUAAAGAAGGUGAGCGGAGCAGAGAAGAUGUCAUCUCUGAGGCUCAAGAGCAAGAGGAAACGUCGUAGGGUGAAAAGUGAAAAUCGAAGAAGUUGCUGAAUAUGGGACCAACAACUGUGACGGGCAGAAGAGUCCACAGUGAUGUAUACCAGGGUGGGGAGGGGAUGAUCCAUGGCACUUCAUACAGGGACCACCACAUUACUGCAGCACAUGACGAAGUGGAAUGGACCAAAGAACUGAGAUCCCCUUGGUGUGAUGUAAUUAACAAACCCAGCAGUGUCUUUGUCCUUUUUUUAGCUUUCGUUGGAGAUUUUGUAUUGCACGUAUGAUUAUGUACCAUAAGAAAAAUACACCAUGUUUACAAAAGAUGGAUAAGAGUUAUGACUAUUAAAUGGAUUAUUCAAUUGAUGGAGUCGUUCCUUCAGUCUUUUAUGU